UUCCCGCCUGCCCUUCCUCCCAUGAGCCUCAGCGGCCCGCCCCUUCCCGCCUCCCCACAGCAGCAGCGGCAAGAUGGCGCAGCCGCCGGUUCCCCUCAAGGACAUGAAGCUGCUGGACGUGAAGCUGGGCCAGCUGCCCACCUGGCUGGCCAUGAGAGACUUCACCCCCGGGGGCAUCUUGGGGGCCGUGCGAAGAGGUUACGACAGAUACUACAAUAAAUAUAUCAAUGUCAAGAAAGGGGGGCUUGGUGGUGUCUCCAUGCUGAUUGCCAGUUACGUUGUUGUCAGCUACAUCUGGAGCUACAGUCACCUGAAGCAUGACCGCCACAGGAAGUACCACUGAAAUGUGUAUUUCAGAAAGUGAAGGUACAGCUCUUGAAAAGACUUGGCUACUGGAACAGUUAUCCUGACAGAAGACAUCAAGACUACUCAUAUUAAAAUCUGUACUAUUAUGACCAAUAAUAAAGUGCAUACACUUUACACUUA